CGAGGGAAAGGACCCUGCUUGCCUGCGAGGGAUGAGUGCAACAAAGCAAUGAAACACAGAGGGAUCCCAGCCCCAGUGCGUCUCUCAUUGACUGCACCAUCAAGAUGAGGAAGGAAGCAGAGGCUAGAAAGGUGGUCCUGGCCUGGGGACUCCUCAAUGUGUCCAUGGCCGGAAUGAUAUAUACAGAAAUGACUGGAAAAUUGAUCAGUUCGUAUUAUAAUGUGACGUUCUGGCCCCUCUGGUAUAUUGAGCUCGCCCUGGCGUCUCUCUUCAGCCUGAAUGCCUUAUUUGAUUUUUGGAGAUAUUUCAAAUACACCGUGGCGCCAACCAGUCUGGUUGCUAGUCCUGGACAGCAGGCACUUUUAGGGCUGAGAACGGCUGCUGUGCAGACUGCUCCUCCACGUGAUGUGACAGCCACACCGGUCCCGCCCUCUCCACCUUCCCCUUCCAUUCAGGGGCAGAGUGUGCUGAGUUACAGUCCGUCCCGAUCCCCCAGCAGCAGCCCCAAGUUCCCCAACUGCAUGGCUGGGUACAGCCCGCCACUGCAAGGGCUCUCCUCCAGCGGCGGUGCGUCCUACAGUCCCGGAGUGACCUACACGCCGGGCAGUGGCCAUAACAAGUUGGCGAGUCUGAGCCCCUCGCCCUCGGCCCCGUACGCCGCCACCUUGGGGCCCGCGGAGAGCGGCCUGAGGGCGCGCUACCGCUCCCCGCCCAGCGUCUACAGCUCCCCGGCCGAGCGCGAGGACUACAUGACCGACCUGCGGGCGCUGGGCACGUUCCUGCGGAGCCAGGAGGAGAAGCAGCAGAGAGCCAAGCUGGGGAGCCCGGAUUCCACCUCCUCUUCCUCCAGUCCCACUUUCUGGAACUACAGUCGCUCCGUGGGGGAUUACGCCCAGACACUGAAGAAGUUCCAGUAUCAGCUGGCAUGCAGGUCUCAGGCCCCGAGUGCCAGCAAGGAUGAAGCUGACCUCAGCUCGAAACAGGCCGCAGAGGAGGUUUGGGCAAGAGUGGCCAUGAAUAGGCAGCUUCUUCAUCACAUGGAUUCCUGGACGGCCAAGUUUAGAAAUUGGAUCAGUGAGACGAUAUUAGUGCCGCUUGUACAGGAGAUGGAGUCCGUGAGCACCCAGAUGAGACGGAUAGGCUGUCCAGAGCUGCAGAUAGGAGAGGCAAGCAUUACCAGCUUGAAGCAAGCCGCACUGGUCAAAGCCCCUCUCAUGCCAACUCUGAACACGAUCGUGCAGUAUCUGGACCUCACACCCAAUCAGGAGUACUUGUUCGAAAGGAUCAAAGAGCUCUCGCAGGGAGGCUGCAUGAGCGCCUUUCGCUGGAACGGGGGCGGCGGCUUCAAAGGACGCACGUGGGACACCGACCUGCCCACUGACUCGGCCGUCAUCAUGCAUGUCUUCUGCACCUACCUCGACUCCCGGCUGCCGCCGCACCCCAAGUACCCUGACGGGAAGACGUUCACGUCGCAGCACUUUGUGCAGACCCCCAACAAACCAGAUGCGACAAACGAGAACACUUUCUGCAUUUAUCAGAGUACCAUCAACCCUCCGCACUACGAGCUUCUCUACCAGCGCCAUGUCUACAAUCUUCCAAAGGGCAGAAAUAAUUUGUUUCAUACUUUGCUGAUGUUCCUGUACAUCAUAAAGACCAAAGAGUCAGGCAUGCUCGGGAGAGUUAAUCUUGGUUUAUCCGGUGUGAACAUUCUGUGGAUUUUCGGCGAGUAGCGGGUCAUUUCAUUCCAAACAUGCGGACUGACGCAGGAAGCUGAGCUGAGCCUCUGCGCGACACUGCCUGUGUGUCCAGCCUGCCACCACGCCGCGGCUUCCCUGCGACACUCCGCCCCUUGGCCAGAGGACACUGGGGCUUGGCCGUGUCACCUUG